CCGUUGUUCGAAAAUAGACAAUCCUACAAUAUUGUAAUUUGUUUUUUGUAUUCUGCAAGAUGAAUUUUCAGUGUUUUGAAUCAAGAUCUAAGCAUUUCGAACAAAGCGGCAGACAUGGAGCUGGAAUACGACAACUUCUUUCACUACUCCACUAGGCUGCUGAUGGCCAACGUGUUGGGCGACGUCUACGCGGAACUGUCCAAACUGAAGUCCGCCAAAAACCGGUUCAUGUUCACGCGCGCCCUGCUUCGCAAACACAAAAUGCUGGCCACGACGUUGGACACCGACAUUGAGUACGACGACCCCAUCACGUCGACGAGGCUCCGACAAAAUGGCAACGUGUUCUUCAAGGUUAAGUUGUACGCGGAGGCCGCCGAAAUGUACACCAAGAGUUUGAUGGGCAGCCACAUGAGCACCGAGUGCUACGCGCUAGCGAUGGCCAACCGAUCGGCCGCUCACUUCCACAUGGGCCGGUACGAACAUUGCCUGAAGGGCGUGCGUUGUGCUUUGGGGUCCAAUUACCCGCCGAAACUCGCGUACAAGCUGCACGAGCGGGCAGGGCACGCAGCACGCAAGUUGGGAUUCGUCGAACGGGCCGUGGAGACGUACGCCUUGUGUCUGACACGACUGGACGAGGCGGACAUGUCUGCGGAGAACAAGCUCAAGUUCAGGGCGUCGGUCGAAAUGGCCGCGAACGAGUGUGAGAAACUGCUGACCGAGCAGAAGAGGACGAUGAAAACUGCACCUUGCGCCGAGAAGCUGGUCGGUGGAAAAAACGAAAAUAUUCCUGCACUAUCAGCCUUUGUGAAAUUGAAAAUGUCAGAGGAUAUGGGACGAGGUGUUUAUGCCACCCACGACAUCAACCCCGGUGAUGUUGUGGCUAUAGACGAACCUUACAUUUGUGGGCCUUUUUUAAAUAAUACAGAAGUUUGUCGUUAUAAUGGUUGCUUGAAGUUGGACUUGGCCCUUUUGCGCUGUCCAAAAUGUUUUUUGGUUUAUUACUGCAAUAAAGACUGUAUGGAUAAAGACAACAAAGAUGGACAUCAUUUGGAAUGUCCAAUUAUGCAUUUUAUCAGUAAAACACCAGGAAUAACAAGCAUGAAUGAUCUUGCUAUGAAGUGGUUUUUAAAAGCCUAUUUAAAGAUGGGUUUAAAAAAAUAUUGUUCGAUCGUUGAUAACUUUUCUGAAUCUAAAAUUGAUCCUAUAACAAGGGGUUUCGAUGAGAUUGGUCAAUAUAAGUCAGAUAAUUUUUUAACGGCUUAUUCUUUGGAUAGUAAUGAAAAUAAAAUGUCAGUUGACGUUUUGUUUUUUUUUAAUUGUAUCGCUGUUGAUAUGUUGCAUUAUUUAACAUUAAGUGGCUUCAAAAUUCCAGACUGUUAUAUAGAUACUGUGGGUGCUUCCCUGGUGCGUAUUCUAACUGUUUUAGAUUCAAAUUGCAGAAAGUUAAACGUCCAUGCCCCUUCUUUAUCUUUUCAAAGUUAUCUCAAACUUACUCUUACAAUAGCAUUAGCUUUGUAUCCAACCAUUUCCUUGUUUAACCAUUCUUGUGAUGCAAAUAUUAAGCGGAGUGGAGAAACAACUGAUAGAAUAAGAGUUAUGAAAGCAGUUCAACCAAUUCCCAAAGGAACUCAGUUGUGCUGCACUUAUGGAAUAACGUUUAAAGGAUCAGAUAAAGAAUCGAGGCAAAAAAAUGUCCACGAUCGUUUCAACUUUAAGUGCUACUGCCAGCCAUGCACAAAGAAUUGGCCAACGUUUCAGUGUUUAUCAAAUCGCCUUUCUACAUCAAAUAUUCUGAACUCUAGUAUGGCAGAUACUGUGACAUUUGAGUGCAAAAAGUUUGCAGAAUUUACAAAGUCAGUGGAACCAAAAGAUCAUUGUCAGCAUUUAAAUUAUUUAUAUUCAUUUAUUAAGCUUUUAUAUACUAAUGUGAAACGACCAUUUUCAUUGUAUGAGGUUUGUCUUGAAAUGAUAAGUAAUGCCCAUAGCUCUACUAGACCAAUACAAUAAGAUUUUGUGACCAUCCAUUAUGAAUAUCGAUUGAUAUCUUAUUUUUAUAAUUGGUUUAUUAAUACAUUUUUGUCAUUAAAUAUUUUUUAGUUAUAUCA